AAUAAAUUGCUUCCAAUUGCUUACUUUAUACCAUUGUGUCCAGUUCGCUUACGAACGAGUAAUUUGGGAUGGAGGACGCCGCCUUCUUGGACGAGGUGGCGGCGUUUCUGGACCAGGACGGUGUACAGGAAGCAAUGGAUACGACAAAUCGGAAGGAAGCCACGACAUCUAGUGACUACGAACUCCUCUUGGCCAGUCAUCAACUAUUAGCGGAGACUGCGGAGCUGCUCGCAUCCUCCAAGACCGCCGUCAGUAACCAGCAAGAACAAGACGUUAAUUUUGCCCAUACAAGCACCAACUCGUCCGAGGAAUCCACGAGUAUAGCGCUGCAAAAUGUCCAAAUAUCCGCCAAAAGUCGACGCGAAGUACGUCAUGCCCAGGCUGCUCAGCGUCGACAGCGUCAUCGCGAAAAGAUCAGAGACGAGAAGGAAACGUUAAGGCGACAAGCAGUAGAACUGUCCACUCAUCUGACUAGCUUACAAGCUGCUCAAUUGGAACUGAAGAAGAAGCAAGCAAGUACGUUGAUGUUUGGCGCGUGGAGAGCAGUUGCUGCUCGACAACUGGAGAGACGGAUGCAAGCGGAAGAACAGCAGAAGCUGCUGCGGGCGGAGGUGGCUGGAAAAGCGAUGCUCAUCCACCACAUUAGCUCGUUGCUGGGAGAGCAGCUAAAGAACAACCAACAGAACGGACUCAUUUCGUGUGAAUUGAUGGAAACGAACUGUAACUUAGGCGGGUCUUUGUUGUUUAAAACCAUGCUCGAAGAGCUGGAUGUGGCCUUUGCACGAACUGAUGAUGUCGUGCACGGCUUGGAAUUCGAGUCGGCCAUCCGCGUGGCGAACAGUUUAAGGCGAAAAAUGAAGGAGGGCGUCUCGUACUUUGAAAAUGCGGAUCGAACGGUGCUCCCAUACAACUUCGUGCAAGCGGCCGACGCAGUGUCGAUAGUGAUGCUGUCUAAUCCAGACACGGACUUUGAGACCGUUAACGUUCAGGACGUGAAGGACACGCUAACAAUUAAGUAUCUUGUAAAAUAUCAACUCACUCAAGGGGAGAGUGGGUCUUUUAGGGUCUACGGUGCCGCGAAAAAAUACCGAGAAAAGGAUCGAUUGGUGGUUAUUUGGCGGACCUUCACAGAGGGACUUGGACAUUUUGAGGGAUUGCAGUCCAACGAUACGACGUGGAUGGUUGCUCGUCCGUCAAUUGGGAAUUGUGAACAAAGCAAUACUGUUCUAGAAAGCUACACGCGCUUAGUGCCAACGGGGUUUGGCAGUACGUCUGGACGCGGUACUGUAGACCGCUUUGUGAAUAUCCUUGCCAAAUCAGGCGAAGAAGAGUUCAGGCAAAUGAUCGAAACGAUGAAAAAACUGGUGAUCAGCGACCUGUAACAGCAAGUAGAGAAGAGCAUAAAAAAAUCUAAUCGAAGGUUGGAAUAGCCAAAUCUAAGAACAAAUUUUUACGUUGACAAAAUUACCAUAAUUCACUGAGUUAGGCGCGGCGGGC